AUGAGCGCUACAAAGAAUGCGUCAGUCUCAUCGUGGUAUAAUAUCACACCGGAUAAGCGACCGAUAAGGAAAACGCCAAAACUUGGUCCAGCAGAUGUUUAUCCACAAGAUCCACGACAAGAAGAGGAUCAUUUGACAACUGAACGCUUGAAAAAAGGUUAUCAAGUGCCAACAACUACUUAUGAAUUGCAAUCUUUGGUGUAUAACGCUUCGGAAAAUAAAUUAACUCGAUUAAAUGAUGCACAUAAGAAAUCUGGCAACCUUUUAGCACUCGUAAGUUUUUUUUCGUACUUUUUUAUAUAUCUGAAUUAUUAAUACAUAUGUCUUUUUUCCAGCUUUUGUAUAAAAGAGGUGAAAUCAACGCGACACUUGAUAAAGAACGGAAAAAGAAUAAGGAAGCUGUCGCGCAAUUUUCACAUUAUUCGGUCGGUUUUUUUUCAUAUCAAUUUUCAAGUCAAAAAAACAAAUUUUGUACUUUCAAUUUUUUUAGUCGCACUACAAAUUGCGUGAACGAGCACAAUUUUUUACGGAUUUGUGUCGAGGAAAAUCGCUGAAUUCACUGUCUAAACGUGUUCCACAAAUUCGGAGAAAGGAAGAUAUUUUACAAUGGUUGUAUGAUUAUAGGUGAGUAAUAAACAGAUGUUGCAAAAAAAUAUGUGAAUUUUUAAUGGGUUCAAACAAUACUGUUGGUGUUUUUUUUCAGAAUUGAUCAUACUCGAGCAAUUUGGUUUUAUAAAAUCAGUGCGAUUCUUUCGUUCAAUCUUCAUACGGGAAAACAGAAGAAGACAAUGAGCGAUGCUUCAUCUUUAGGUAUCAAAAAUUGAAUAUCUAAAAUAUUUCAUCAAAAAUUAUUUUUAUUUUUCAGAAUAUUCACAUUUGACUGGAAAGCAUUUGCGAUUUUUGCUUUUUAAAAUGACACGACUGGAUUUUGAAUUAAGGGGUGAAUGGAUUGAUAAAUGGGAAUAUGCUUCGGAAUUGUUCAAAACAAUGUUUGAUGUGAGUUCAAUUUUUGAAAAGGGGUUUUUUUUAAUCUCUGAAAAUUGAGAUAAGAUUGUGAGGCAAAAAAUAAUCAAAUAAUUUUAAAAAUUUCAGGAAGGAAUGUUGGAACGACAGGAAUUUCUCAAUGAGCUUUGUGAAAUGUUCACGGAAAUCUUCCUGGGCGAUGGUGCACAAGAAAGUCCAAUAAUUUUGCAAAUAUUUAUGAAAUAUUUUGUGAAAUUUGUGCCACAUAUCAAUCAAAGUCUAAUUCUUGCCAGAAGAACUGUUUAUAUGAUUGCGCUGAAGCUUCGGAUACUUCACGAUGUUUCACACAAAUGGCGAAAAGCUUUGAGAUAUAAUGAUGAAUUGAAUAAAAAAGUGGAAGAUGAAGAGGGUUUUGCUGUGCCAUCAGAUACAAUUCCUUUUACAUUUGAUGUUGAUCAUCUUCCUGAUAUUCCAUUUGACGAUGAAGAAGAGGAAGUUCCUAAAGAACCACCACAAAUUGUGAAAGAAGUUGUUCCUGAAGUUCCUGUUCGCCAUGUUGACACAAUUUCGGUAACUCCGCCACCAAUGAUUGUGACGAAUUCAAUGGAUAUUGAUAAAGAUGACGAUAAAUCGGAUGAAGAAAUGGAUACAGAUGAAAAGAAAUCAGACGAUUCGGAGAAGAGCUCACCUGCUCAAAGCGAAUUGGAGAAGAUUAUUGAUGAACCGGAAGAAGAACGAGAAAAGGAAAAAGAGAAAGAGAAUGAGAAUGAAGAACAUAAUGAGGAAGAAAUAGAGAAAGAAACAGAAAAAGAGAUUGAGAAGGAAAACGAUGAAGAUAAGGAAAAAGAAACAGAAGAAGAGAAAAAAGAUGAGGAUUCUGCAGAGAAAGAACCAUCAACUUCAGCAGAAACAUCAGGAGAAACAUCAGAAGAAGCAACUGAAAAAACAACAGAAGAAGAUGGAAAAGGCGAGGAAGCGAAAGAUGAGGAAAGUCCUGUCUUAUCCGCUGCUGAACCAUCGACAUCUGCUGAACCUGUGAUAUUAGUUGAAGAAGAUUUGCCACGAGUAACAACAUAUAAAGGAUUUCGGAUAUUGGAAGACUGUGGUAUCUAUGGGCCUAGUAUAUACAUGAUGUCGGCUGUUGUACAUACAAUUGUUUUGGAAGCACCGGGUGCUGUGAUUUGGAACGAAUUUCUAGUCAAAAAGAGUCGGAAACCAUCGAUUUUGCGACAAUUGUGCGGAUCACCACUCGACUUUUUGCCGUGUCCAAUUCAUGAAUUGCCAAUUCCUGGUGGAAGAGGUUUGUGGUUAUGGGGGAACAUAUUUUUGGAGGGGUUUGUCGGGACCUGAAGAAUAUUAGUGUUAGAAAAUUGAAAAAAAAACAGUUCAGUUGAAAAUUUUGUAGUCUGAGAAACACCUUAUCUCAUCAUUUCACUGACAACAUUAAUCAUCUUUUGUAUUUCCGCAAACACUGUGACGCCAAAUUGCACUUGCUCAUUUUUUUAUCUGAAAAAUUGUAUUUAUAAUAUUUUCAGAAGCUGAGAAAUAUGUUGAGCUACUCAAAUUACGCCACAUUGAAAUCACCAGAAGAAGUCAAGCGGUUCAUGACAAGUGGAGUUUCAAUGGUUCAGAGCAACUUAGAUUUGGUAGGUGAUAGAAAUUUGAAUUGUUGUGCUGAAAUCAUUUAAAAAAUAAUAUUCAGGUCGAAUUGUUGAAACUUGUAUGGAUGUUGUUGGUGUGUUGGAUGCAAUUGAUAUGCAAAAACCACGAGCAAUUCAUUAUGCGGCUGAACGACUUUUCGCUUUCCGAAACUCGCACUAUAAAGAAGAAGCAUUGAUCCGAUUGAAACUUAUGAUGUUAUGGGCAAUAACAGUAAAUCGAGAAGGUACAUAUCGUCCAACAAUGGUUGCCCGAAUUCUACAGUAUGAAACAAGAAGAAAGCAAACGACUACUGUAGGUGGAUGGCGAAUUCAGGAUAUUGUAUUGAACUUUAUGUAUACUGAUGGUCCGAAACAUGGUCAACCAAAUUAUCAAAAAGAAUUUGGUGCCUGUAUUGCGCUUAUCAGCGAAUUGAUGUAUUAUGGAUUGUUUAGCCACGAUGGAUAUUUGAAGAGUUUGAUUAAAUCAGGAGAAAUGGAUUAUACUAAGCCGAUGAUGAACCGAAUGAACAAACCAAGGAUUCCAGGACAACCGGAAAAGUUUCACGUGAGUUAGAAUUUUCCUAAAAGCCUAGAAGUUUAUAAAAAUAAAUUAUUUCAGACAAAUCGAACUUUGUUGUAUUUCCAAAAACACAAGAUAACUCGAAGAAUAUUUUUGGGAAAAGAAAUGGAACAAAAUGACAAACUUGUUUUACACGUAAGUGUAUUAUUAUAUAUUUUUAGCUUAUUUAUAUUUUUUUAGAUCCCGAUCCAACAGAAAGAGUGUAAUCGAGAUGAAGCAAAUCAAAGAAUGUUAAUGCUGUUCGGAAUUGGAAAUGCAAAAGAAGGACAUUUAGACGAUUUACGGAAAAUCGCCUCUGAUAUUUGCAAAAUUUGGGAGCGACGAAUCUAUGUGGAAUUUCUUUGGGACACUGAUUCAGUUUGGAGCCCACGGCGAAUGAAUGAGCAAAAACUUGAAGAUCUUCUACAUCCAUUCAAAGUUCAAACAUAUUACGAUCAAACAAUGAUUUGCUCGUGGUGCACAGAUUCGAUUUUGGACAACUUUUUCGAAUUUGUCAAUGGAAAAACUGACAAAUUACCAACAGCUGAAUGUGUUGAUUUGCUUUGCACAAUGUAUGAAACAAGCGAGAAUAUUACGGGUGUUUUUGAGCUUUUUGAAAUUAUGGCUCCAUAUUUUCCAUCGAUUGAACGAGUUAUUCAUGCGCACGCCGCUGAUGUUAUCACGACUAGUGUUACAACUCAUAUGGCAUAUGUUUUUGUUUCGUAUUUUGCGAGACAUUGGCAGAAGUUUUUGCUCUGGAAUCAAGCUUGUUUUGCGCUAAAUCAGUGAGUUAGGCAUUAUUUUUUUUAUCGUAAAUGUACGAUUUUUGAAUUAGAAACAAUAUUUUUUAUUCAUUUUUUUAAAAAUAAAACACCGUUGUUUUUAAAGAAGAACAACUUGAAUUUCACAUACUUUUUACAUUAACAAAAAUUUUAAAUUUUUCUAAUUUGAAAAAUAUUCCAAAAAAUAUCUAUUUACAGGCUCUAUGAACUUGUUGAGAAAAUGAUAAGUGCUGCGGAUCAUCCGAUGACAUGCUGGGGAAAAGUGAUUGGCGCUUUUGUUUAUCACGCUCGCAAAGCCCUUCGAGCAGCCGGUCUGCAAAAAAUCCCAAUAAUCAGUGAAGGCGAGGAUUUUCGCAAAGUGUUCAGCAAAAUACGUCACGAUCUUCCCGAUUGUCAGAAAUACAACACACUUUUCUUCAUGGAUAUCCUCGGAAAUCCAAGCACUAUGUUGUAAGUUUCUUUUUUUUAAUGCUCUUUGGAUUUCAAAUAUAUGUGAAUUUCAGACGAUUCUUUUCAUAUCAUGAGUAUAAAAAACGGCUACCUUCAUUCUCGAUAGAUGCGAAUCGAUAUUCUUUCGUCAUCAACGCUUUUAUUGCUGCCAGAAAAUGCGAAAGAAAUUAUGAUCGAUUGAGUGAGAUGGCGACUUUUUGUGCACAUAUCACUGCGCAAGUCCCAGAUCUUGCAACAUACUGGAUUGCGGGUAUCCGAUCAUUGUGUUUGCUAACAAUUAGUCAACACCAAUAUUUUUCUGAAUUAGCAUAUGAAAUUGAUGUAAGUAUUUAGAUUUCUUUUUCAAAUUUUCAUUAUUAAUACUACAAUAUUAUUUUUCAGAUUCGAGAUUGUUCAACACAUUAUGCAUUGACCACUUUCAUCACGUUGUUGGCUGGAAAAAUGUGCUUCAAAAUUUCGCGUCUAAUGAAAGAGCUUUUACAACAUGUUCUACCAUUUAUGCUCAAAAAAGAUGGAAGAACCAAAAGUGAAGCCGAACCAGGAAUUUGUAUUGUGCUUUUGAUUAUUGGAAAUAUUUGUUGUCAAUCGGACGAGCCUUUUGGAUGUGAGUUUGAUUUUUCGUUUUUGAGAGGAAAAAAAAUUGAGCAAAACCUCUACAGUAUUCAAAAAAAAUUUAUGAUACCGGAAAACUAAUUAUUUUUCAGUCUCGGAUCAUUAUCGAGGUCUCGAACCAAAAAAUAAGCUAUUCAGCAACAAUGCUGAUGAACGUGGAUUGUCAAUUCUUCAUUGGUUUCAAAUGGAUCGAUUAUUAUUCCCAAUCAUUAGUCAAAUUGGUAUUCUUAUUGAUAAUAUGCGAGCAAGAUAUAAGGAUUAUGAAGCUGAAAUGCCACGUGAAGUUUCCACAACUCGCUACAAAUCACAAUAUUUGUACAAUAUUGCAAAAAUGGUUCAAACCGCAAUUGGUGAGCAAGAAUGGGUGACAUUCAAAAUGUACAAAAUUGUGCAAACCAAAAAUAUGGAGGCGUUUAAUCUCGAUCGAUUAAAACAAAGUUGUCUUGGACAGCAAUUGUUGCGACUUGGAUUGCGUCGAAAAUGCGAGCGGACUAUUGUUCAAGAAUUGUCUGUUGCGAAUGGAAAUUCGAAAAAAGCACUCAUUGAUAAGCUUUUAUCGGUGAUGAGUUUGUGGAAUAUUCGAGCAACAAUUUUCGAUUUGAUGUUGAUGAUCAAAGAAAUCUCCCCAGAUGGUCAAAGACACGCGCAACAAAGUGCAAUCGCGGCAGAUGCAUUGAUGUCAGAAAUUGGGAAAUGUGUGAGAGAUUUGUUCAACACGGCUCACAAGAAUCGAGUUGAAAUGCCGGCGGUGAAAUCAAUCUCAGAAUUUCGGUUCAAUGAUAUCACCAAAUAUUGGCUCAUUGCACCGUUGAUUCGACUUUGUCCAAAACCAAAUAAUAUUCCAAUGCAAUAUUCAAAUGUUACUGUUGGAUCGGUUGCUGGAAAGUUUUUGAAAGAAGCUGCUCAUAUGUUGGACACAUCGAAUGAUGUUUCAUCGGAGAAAAAGAGACAAGGGUUAGUUGCGAACUUAUGAAGAAAUCUAUUGGAUUUUUUCUUCAAAAAAGUUUGUUUUAAAAAUUAUUUAUUUCCAGAGGUUGGCUGUUAUCGCAAAUUCCCUUCAUCAACUUGAUUAUGUCUUGCUUGAAAGCUGAACGCAAUCAAUCCAACAAAGAUGUUUUCAUCAACGCGCUCUACAUGCAAUUGCAAUAUUGUGUGAUCCGUGCAAGAGAUGCGCCAGCAAAAUCAACCGCUGACGCAUUUGAUGAAGAACGAGAAUGUCUGCUGCUCCGAUUAGCAUUUGUUGGCCACAUUUUUGGUGAAAUCUGCAAACCAACACAAUGUGAAGCGUGGAGUCAUAUCCUAUUCCAAAUGAUGUUGUAUGGAAUUGUUAGCUCGGAUAAGGAGCGAGUGAUUUAUGAUACUUGUUAUGAUAUGCUCUCGACGUUGAUGAUUUGGACCUUGACCGAUCCUAACACUUCAAGCCAAGUCUCUGCAGAAGGCGAGCAAUUAAAAUUCCGAUGGCCACAAUAUUCAUCAAUCAUCAAAAAAUUGCGAAAAGAACUUGUUGAUCAACGAAUUCCAGCGGAUCAACGAGCUCUGAUGUUGUUCCUUCCAAUCCCCAAGUGCUCUUUAGAUGUGAUAAAUGUGGAACCUAUCAUUAUGCAACAGCAAAAUAUUUCUUCUAAAUAUUACAAACUCCACCAAACAGCUGUUGGUAUCAAAAAUGGGAAAUAUGCUUAUGUACCAACUGAGAAGAUCAAAGUGUCGGCCUAUGAUUUUACCGCUGGAUAUAUUCCUGAUGGUGUGAUUAAAGGAGGAUGGAAAUUUUCAUGGUUCCAAGUAAGUAUUUUUCAAAAUAGAUUUUGUGUUAGCUUUUCACACACAUACAAAGACUGAACCUAUUAUUAAAUAUAUGUGUCUUUUUAUAUUCUUUUUCUGUUUCUAGGCGACUAAAUUGGAUAGAUACGCCAAUCCUUUUUCGAAACAAUUGAAAUUAACUCUUCCACACGAUCAUAUGUCGCAUUUCCAUCAUCCCGAUUUCUUUGUCUCUGACGAUGUUUGCGAUGAUUUCUUCCUCGCAGCUCCUGAAAUUGAAAUUACUGGAGAAAUUGCACCAACACCUCCUGCUGAAGAAGAAACUAGUGAAAAGACUGCUGAGGAGACAAAUAAGGAAGAGAAGGUGAGCAUUUCAUAAAACAUAUAUGUGUGAAGUAAUGAAGUAAAUGUUUUUUUUAGAAAGACGGUGAGAAUAUUGAGAAGACUGAUGAAUCAGCGACUUCUGCUACAGCUGCUACCACAUCUUCAGAUGGCUCAGGAACUCCAAAAGAUGGAGAUGUUACUAGCUCACCAGCUAAAGACUUGCUCAAAAAACCAGUAUCCACACCCGAUUCACAACCAAGUUCAACUCCAACAAUGUCCAUGCCUGAAAUUCCAGCACCAGUUCCUACACCACCACCAGAAAAACCAGCACCUGUUGCUGCAGAGCCUACUGGACGUGGAAGUCGCGGUGGACGGAAACGCGCGUCAGGAACAAGAGCCGGUGGACCGAGAGCAAAGAGGGUAGGUUUUUCAGAAUAAUGUUGUUGUAAUAUAGAAAUUUUAAACUUUUUGCAGACAAAUUCACGUGCCGAGCCAAACACAACACAAGCGGCAAAUCAAUCUUCAUCAUCAUCAAAUUUUGGUUCGGGAUCAAAUUGGCACGGAAGCGCAAACACUUCUUCUGGAUCAGCAUAUCCGUCUGCGGUGAGUUUUUUAAAAUAGAAAAAGUUGAUAUGAGGCAUUUUAAAAAUCUUUUUACCCAGUAUUUAUUUACUAUGAAUAAUACCUAUAUUUUUAGUCUAAUCCGCCUCCAAUGAGCAAUGGUUCGAGUGAUUCAUUAAAGGCGAAUAUUCGAGACUUGUUGAAGCAGAAACAGGAGAAGAAAAAUAUUUCGAGUAAGUGUUUUUUUUAAACAAAAAAAUCUCUGAUAAUCCUAGACGUGUAGUCAUAGAAACAUACUUUUACUCUUUUUUUUUAUUAUUCUCAAAUAUAUCUAUCAUUAUUAUUAGUUUCUGAAAUUUCUAAAACCCCUCUAUUGUUUCUUUGAUAAAUGAAGAGAAAAUUAUUGGAUCCAAAAUUGUAUGAUAAUGGUUCCAUCAGAGUUUUGAGAAGAAAAAGAAGAAGUUGUGUGAAAUUGAUUUACCUUCUCUUUAAAAAAUAUUUUCAGAUGCGGCUGCUGCUGCCGCCGCUGCUGCAAAUAAUUCUGCAUCGUCGGCGAACCCGAUAACCUCGCAACCGUCCAAUAUUCCAAUGUCAUCCGCACAACCACUAUUGACACAUCAGUUGACUGCACCGCCUUUGGUACCUAUGAACCAACAAAUGUCACAACAAAAUGUUGCCCCACCUCCACCAUAUACAAGUGGAAAUAAUCAAUCGGAUAUGUUCCAGUCAAAUAGACAGACGAGUGAGUUAUUCAAUUUUUUUUCAAAAAGCUGGAUGUUUUCUGUUAUCUGAAUAUACCUUAACAAGCUAUUUUUAGAUUAUCCAAACCUUGGUCAACCGAUGCCGCAAACUUCUAACACGCAUCAUUUUGCCGCACCAACUGCGCCGAUUAAUCGAGGGCAACCAAUUAUGAAUCCCGGAAGACCCGAAAUGCUACCGCCGCAACCGAUGCAAAUGCAACAACAACCAAAUCAAAUGCAGCUUCAACAAGCUCAGGCUCAUGCUCAAGCGCAGGCGGCUGCUCAAGCUCAGGCUCAGGCUCAAGCUCAGGCUCAAGCACAGGCUCAAGCACAGGCUCAAGCACAGCAACAAGCUCAGCAACAAAUGCUGCUUCAACAGCAACAGCAAAGAGCUCGAGAGCAAGCACUUCGAGAACAACAAGCUCGCGACCAAGCUCUUCGUGAACAACAAAUUCUUCAGGAACGGGCUCUUCGGGAACAACAAGCUCGAGAAACCGCGCUCCGUGAGCAAGCCGCUCGGGAAGCAGCACAGCUGGCUAGAGAACAGGCAGCUCGUGAAAAAGCGCAGCGAGAACAAGAGGCGCGAGAAAAAGCUCUUCGAGAACAACAAGCUCGUGAAUUAGCUGCUCAACAAGCUCGAGAACAAGCUUUGCGAGAACAACAAGCUCUUCGCGAACAACAAGCUCGAGAAGCGGCGGCUCAACAAGCUCGUGAGCAAGCUGCUAGAGAACGAGAACAAGCUGUUCGAGAACAAGCGGCACGUGAACAACAAGCUAGAGAAGCUCGGGAAGCACAGCAACAACAGCAAAUGAUGAUGCAGCAACAGCAGCAACAAAAUCAACAAAUGAUGAUGCAGCAAAGGAAUCAAAUGCAUUCACAACAAUUCCAACCACCUCAGUUAUCUGGAUCUACAUCCAGCGCGUCUUUCAACGCUGCAAUGCAACAAGCUCCAAUGCCUCCACCACAAAAUCCACCAAAUCUUGGAAAUCCAAUGAGUUUGCAAGCACAACUCGGCUCGCAGCAGCCAAAUAUUCAACAACAGCCAACACUUCAAAUGAGCCAACAACCACAAUUCCAAUCGCAAGGUCAUUUCACACCGGCUAAUCAAGAUUUGACAAAUCCUGGUGGUUUUGUUCGUCCAAAUCUACCUAAAGUUUCAUUGAUUGCCGCGCAACCGAAUCAGUCUUAUCCGCAAAAUCAAAUGCAACAACAGAAUCAAAUGCAGCAGCAAAAUCAAAUGCAGCAACAAUAUGGAGCUGGAACAUCGCAAUUUGGUGGACUUUCACAACAACAAUCAAUGCAACAGCAAAAUAUGAUGAAUAUGCAGCAAAAGCAGCAACAGAUGAAUAAAUCGUUUGCAACUCCAGCUCCACCUGCACGAUUUGCUGAACCACAAAUGCCACAGCAUAAUCCAAGUGCUUAUCAAAAUCGCAACAAUAUGGGGCAGUUUGCACCAAAAGAUAUUACUUCAGAUUUUGGUUAGUUUUUUUUUCAAAAUAUUUAUUUCUUUUAUCAAAGUUAUUUUCAGGUCGUCCUGGUGUUCUUCCACAAUUAUCGCAACAACCUCAACAGCAACCGCAAUCAAGAUUAUUACCAGCUCCGAAUACUGAAAUGCUGCAAGCCCAACAGCAGGCGAAUUUCCAAAAGCCAACAAAUAUGAUGGGACAACCGGCACCUAUGCAACCCGGACAACAAAACCCACAACAAUCCUACAUGCGGCCAAGUUUGCUGCCUAUGCCAUCCAGAGAUCAACAAUCAAUGAACACGAUGGGUUCGAUUAAUCAACCACAACAACCUCAACAGUCGCAGCAAAUGAUGCAACCACCUAUGCAACAAAAUUAUCAGUCGCAAGGAACUUUCCAGCCACAGCAGCAACAACAACAGCAGCCGCAACGUUAUGGUAAGUAUUUCAAAUUGAAUAGCUAUUAGUGGGUCCUGAGCCAAUGUCCCGAGGAUUGAAAUACCACGAUUGUUAACAAAUGUUAACCUUACAUGAACUCUAUCGUUUGAAUCAAGGUUUCUUUGUAUCAGGACAACCCCUUCAAAGUUCAAGUUUUGGAAAAAAAAUAGAACGCCUUUUUUAAAUUCUUAUAAGAGUAUAAAUACUCACAAAACGUUCCUUUUUCAUAAAACAUUAUGAUUUUAUUUUUUCAGGUGGUUUUGGCAGCGAUUCAAUGAAUCAAUCGAAUAUGACAUCAAACAUGAAUCCCAACAAUAUUCUCAAUCAAUCAAUGGAACAAUCCGGUCUUAGCACACCGGGAACAAUGUCAAUGCUUGGAAGUGGAAGCGGUGGAAUGAUGAAUUAUGAUCGACAAGGUAUGCAACAUCAACCAAUGCAGCAACAGGCGCAGCAACAAACUCAACCGAUGCAUCAACAGCAAUCCGCACAACAAACAUCGAGAAUGGGGCAACCUGGAAUGAUUAUGGGUGGCAAUCAACAAUCUAUGAUGCAUCAACAGCAGCAACCAAAAAUGCAGCAGCAGCAGCAGCAACCACAAAUGAAUCGAAUGAAUCAGCAAUUUGUUGGGAAACCAGCUAUUGGAAUGGGACAACCUGGAAUGCAGCCACAACAACAGCAAAUGGGUGGAAUGGGAAUGAAUCAAUCGGUGAAUCAACAUCAUAUGAACACAUCGAUGAAUUCUUCUAUGAACGCAUCGAUGCCAUCUGUUAAUUCGUCGAUGAAUAAUUCAAUGAAUCAAUCGAUGAAUAAUUCGAUGAAUCAAUCGAUGAAUCAAUCGAUGAAUCAAUCGAUGAAUCAAUCAAUGAAUCAAUCGAUGAAUCAAUCGAUGAAUCAACCAAUGAAUCAACCGAUGAAUCAAUCAAUAAAUCAAUCAAUGAAUCAAUCGAUGAGCCAAUCUAUGCAGCAACAAUCCCAGCCCCAACAACAAAUGAUGAAUCAAGGUUAUGGUCAACAGCAAAUGCGAAUGGGAAUGCAGGCACCCCAGCAGCAACAGCAAAACCAGCCCUCACAAAUGGGAAUGCAUCAAGGUUAUCAACAACAGCCACAACAAUCAAUGCUUUAUGGCGGAAUUGAUCAAAUGCAUCAACAACCACAACAAUCGCAGCAAAUGAUGAGAUCACAACAAAUGGGUGGACAACAAAUGCAGCCGCAGCAAGCGCAACCUCAGCAGCAACAGGCUACUGGAAUUAAUCAAUAUUUUAUGCCCAAUGAGCAAAGGUGAGAAAUUUAUUGACAUUGCGUAUGGGUAGAUAUUAUAGGUCCUUGGACAUUUUUUAACUUUUUGAAAAAUAUAGAUACAUUUUAAAAUACCAUUUGAAUUUUCAAAAUUAAUUUGAACACAAAAACACAGCGAGACAGUAAUUUUAGAAAAAUUAAGGUUCACUGUUGGUUUAUCUCCGGGAAUUUUCCCAUUCUGUUCUAGAUAAUUUUGGGAUUUUAUGACCAGAAAAUAGAAAAAUUCAAAUUUUACAUAUCUUUUUUUUCUAUGAAUUUUACAUAUUCAUAAAACAUUUUUUCCAGAAUACAACAACAACAGCAGCAGCAGCAACAGCAACAGCAACAAGGUGGAUAUGGACAGUAUCCCAAUCAACAUCACUACUAA